UCUAUUUGUCAUAAUUUUUCGGUUUGCUUAUGCUUCGCUUUCGCUGUUUUUGUUUCGUGUAAAAUAGUGAAUUUAUUUAAAAAACCUGUGUUACAGUGCUAAAAUAUGACUUCCAACGCAUCAGCCCCAAGUACCCCUGCGGUUCCACAUAUUGACCGUGAAUUAGACUUAUCAAAUACGGGUAGAGGAGUUUGGUUAGUCAAAGUCCCCAAGUACAUAGCGAAUAAAUGGGAAAAGGCGCCUGGGAAUAUUGAAGUGGGCAAAUUGAAGAUAGCUCGGGUACCCGGUCAAAAAGCACAAGUCCAGCUAUCACUUUCAGAGGGCGUUUUGUGUCUGAAAGAGCCAGGCGAGCAGAGUAUACCGAAGGAACAUAGACUCGACGUGUCCAAUGUGACACGACAGUCCUUAGGUGUAUUCUCCCACGUCGUUCCUGCUAACACAGACUCUGUUGUCCCUGAAUCAGAAAAACUAUACAUGGAAGGCCGCAUUGUGCAGAGGCUGGAGUGUAGGCCGUAUGCUGACCCUACAUAUUAUAAACUGAAGUCAGAGUCUAUAAGGAAAGCCUCCAUGCCACAGCGGCAGGUGCAACAGUUGGACAGAAUAGUACAAAACUUCAAGCCAGUGUCAGACCACAGGCAUAAUAUUGAGUACCAGGAGAAGAAGAAAGCAGAAGGAAAGAAAGCCCGAGAUGACAAAGAUGCUGUCCUCAACAUGCUAUUUGCUGCCUUUGAGAAGCAUCAGUACUACAAUAUCAAAGAUCUGCAGAAGAUUACAAGACAACCUAUAGUGUACCUGAAAGAGAUCCUCAAAGAAGUUUGUAAUUACAACAUAAAGAACCCUCACAAGAACAUGUGGGAGCUGAAGCCGGAGUACCGACACUACAAGCAGGACGUGCCCGAGGUGGCCAAGGAAGACAAGAACAGUUCCGACAGUGACUAGUAUGAAUAUAUAGGUCAAAGGGUCAAUGCAAACCACAAUAUUCAUUAUGUGUCAAUGGCAUGUUCAUUGUUCAUGGCUCCAAUAAAUUAUGAGAUAAGAGAGACCCAGAUCAUGGCAUAUUGUUUCCAAUGUAAAUAUGAUAAUUAUAGCACUUUACUUCAUUUGGGAAGUGCUUAAAACUGCAAGAAAUUUCCAUGCUGGUCUCAAUGAUAAGGAGUUGAAGACCUGAUCACAAGUUAAGGCUGUGAUGAUCUAACUUAAUAAAUACUUGAAAAUAUUUCAGAAUAACUUUAUGUUGUCAUAAUAAAAUAUUUCAUUGAAAA